CGAAUUUGCUGAAAAUUUCAUCGCGAUCUGAAAUCGACGAGGAAGCAUUCCCCAAAAGGAAAGUGCUAUCUAUAGGUUUCCGUACGCAUGCGCGUGAACUUUCGUGAUCCUAGACUAUGGAGUAACAUCUGAAAUGCACAAGUUGAAAAGUUCCCAAAAAGAUAAAGUGAGGCAAUUUAUAGCCUUCACACAAACGGGAGAGAAAUCAGCCAUCAACUGUUUAGGUGCUCACGAUUGGAAACUCGAUGUUGCAGUCGACAAUUUCUUUCAAAACCCAGAUCGCUACAGUAGCGAACCUCGAUCUUCCGCCGAUAAAAAGAAACUCGACGCCUUAUGGCAAAGAUACAGGGAUCCCCAUGAGGAAGAUAAAAUGACAGUUGACGGAGUGAUGAAGUUCCUGGAAGAUUUAAGUUUAAGUCCAGAAUCUAGAACUGUAUUGCUCAUCGCGUGGAAAUUUAAAGCCGCAACACAGUGUGAAUUCACAAAAGAAGAAUUUGUCAAUGGAAUGACAGAAUUAAACUGUGAUUCAGUAGAAAAAUUGAAAAGUAAAUGUCCAAUGCUAGAACAAGAAAUCAGGGAUUCCAGCAGAUUUAAAGACUUUUAUCAAUUCACAUUCAAUUACGCGAAAAAUCCAGGACAAAAAGGAUUAGAUCUAGAUAUGGCAAUAGCAUAUUGGAAUAUAGUUCUUGCAGGCAGAUUCAAGUUUCUUAAACUGUGGAGUGAUUUUCUGCAGGAACAUCAUAAAAGAUCAAUUCCCAAAGACACAUGGAACCUUUUAUUAGACUUCUGUAAUAUGAUAAAUGAAGAUAUGUCAAAUUAUGAUGAAGAAGGAGCUUGGCCGGUGUUAAUCGAUGAAUUCGUUGAAUAUGCAAAACCAUUGAUUGGACCCAAAAGUACCACUGUAUGAGGAGAGGGGCUGGUGUUCUCUGACGAGUUGUUCCAAGUUUCUUCGUUAGAAGAAAUUUACCGGGAGGGGUGUAGUAGUACUGCCAGAAAUACAGCACGGACUUCAGGGAAUCCCAGUUUCGUUUCGGUUAAAAGACUAUUUAUAGCACAAUAUUAUCCCUCCUCUCAGCCACAACUGAACUUGACAUGCAAAGAAUAUUAAAUAUUCUGGUUAUUUAAUGAUAUUUUUACAAUGAUUAUGGAGUGAUGUCUUUGUAUAUGUUUUAUGUAUUAAUACAGCUAUAAAAAGCA